AUGAAAAGAGAUGAUUUAUCAUCGUCCCCAAUUGUUCAUGUUAAGAAUGGUUCAAUUCAAGGUCAAGUUAUUGAACGUUUCAACCAGGAUGCUUAUUUAGGUAUUCCAUAUGCUCAACCUCCAUUAGGUUCUUUAAGAUUUGUUAGCCCUCAAUCUUUAAAUCAAUCUUGGUCAGAUGUUAAAACUUUUGAUACUUAUGGACCUUCAUGUUUUGCUAGUGGAAGUAACCAAAGCUCUCAAUUACCUCAAUCUGAGGAUUGUUUGAAGUUGAAUGUUGUCAAACCAAGAGGUUAUGACAAUUCUUCUGUAAAAUUACCUGUUGCUGUUUGGAUUCAUGGUGGCUCUUUUAUGGAUGGUUCAAGUACUAGACCUUCCUAUAACUUGUCAUAUAUUGUGGAAAAUUCCGUGGAUAUCGGUAAACCAUUUAUUGGUGUUUCACUCAAUUAUAGAUUGACUGGGUUUGGAUUUUUGAGAUCUCGUGAAGUUGAGUACAAAGGUUAUACAAAUGUUGGAUUACGUGAUCAAAUCAAGGCUAUUCAAUGGGUUCAUGAAAAUAUUGAAGCUUUUGGUGGUGAUCCUAAUCAUUUAGUUAUUUGGGGUGAAAGUGCAGGUGGUUACUCUGUUGGUAAAUUGUUAAACUCUGGCCAAUUGGGUGAUUAUGUUAAAGGUGCCAUUAUGGAGAGUGGUACAAGUAUGUUUGCAGAUUAUUUUGCUGAUACCUUAGUUACUGCUGAAGAUGAUUUUGCCAAAUUGUCAAAUCACUUUAAUUGUUCAGAAGCACCAAGCUCAUUUGAAUGCUUACAACAUGUUGAUGCUCAUGAAUUGAAUCAUGUUUUUAAUGAAACCAAUAAAAUCAUUAAAGGUGGAUUUCAUCAAGCUUAUGUUGAUGGUGAUAUCAUUCCGAAAUCAAGUUAUUUAUCCUUACAAGCUGGGGAAUAUAAAAAGAUUCCAUUGUUAUUGGGCUCAAAUUCUGAUGAAGGUUACGAUUUUAUCAAUACCACUUUGAACACAACUGAAGAAUUCAAAGCGGCAUUGGCUAAAGACUUUCCAUAUCUAACAAACUCUUCAAUCGAUAAAUUGGAUGAAUUAUAUCCUUUAGGGGAUGCGUCAGUUUCUUCUCCGUUAGAUCCAACUUAUAACAAUACUCCAAUUGAAUAUCCUUCAUCUUAUGGGAAACAAGCUCCAAGAAUGAGUGUCCUUUGGGGUGAUCUUUUGUUUAUAGCAGGUGCUAGAAAAACUGCUGAAAUAUUUUCUAGAGAUGGUGUUCCAGUUCAUAAAUAUAGACAUAAUAUUCCAGACAAUGAGACUUUUAAUGAACCUUUUAUUGGGGCUAAACAUUUCACAGAGAUUGUUUACGUGUUUGAUAAUUCAGAUGAACCUGAACAUUCAACAUUGGGCGAAAUUAUGUUUGAUGAUCCAAGAAUUCCAAAUGUUUCAAAAAGUAUUUCCAAAAUGUGGGCAAGUUUCAUUACAGAUUUAGAUCCAAAUUUGAAUCAAGAUCAAUUGAACAUUGAUGAUGUUCCAAAGUGGCCUGAAUAUAGAGAUGGUGCUCAAAACAUUGUUUUCGAUAUCAAUGGGUUUUACUUGGAGGACGAUACAUGGAGAAAAGAACAAUUCAAAUUUAUUGAAUCUAUUGAAGUUGAGCAAUUAGAAAUGAGAUAG